AUGUACUGGCCGUUACUUGUCUUUUCCUCAUUGCUGGUAGCCUUCGCUGCCAGUCAAAGCAACGACACGAUUGCCGCGAAAAGAGGCGUAUCCGCAUUCCCUGGCGAAAGAAAAUAUAUGCUGGACCAGUGUCAUGGACUCGAGAUAAUGGGUGCAAGAGCUCAAAGAGGUCAAACUCGACCACCUUCACAAAGUCUGGCAUUUGAUUGCAAGAAUCCCGACAAGAAGGGUCAAGUUCAGACAGGAGCUUUGUGUCUGAACAAAUGUCUUGGUUGGAAUGAAAGAACGCAUCAAUUUACCGCACAAAAGAGUGGAUAUGGACUUGCGGAAUGGAAUGGGAAUUGUUGGGACUGUCGUUUCGAGAGAAAGGAAAAGGGCGACAACCUUUUCUGUUACUGCGCGAAUGUGCCCGAGCCUAAGCCGCAUCGUGACUUUGCCACAGCUAUCAACAUGGGUCUGAGGACGUUCAAUCUAGACGGUGUUGUAGAGCUUGGUAACGGGGGUGUUCUACGAUGCCAUGGGGAAUAUGGCCUUUGUUGA